AUGCCACCUCCCCCUGCUAAAUGGAAAGGCGAAUGCGAACUGAACGGAACACUAACAUGCAACAACAAGCUCAUCGGUGCGAGAAACUUCGCCAGUGAGUUCCCGGGCCCCGCCAUCGACGACUUCGGGCACGGGACCCACACCGCUAGCACGGCCGCCGGGAAUUAUGUUUCCGAGGCGAACGUGUUCGGCCAAGCCAAUGGAACGGCGUCAGGCAUCGCCCCUCUCGCCCACCUUGCUAUUUACAAAAUCGAUUCGAAAACUAGCGUCUUGGAAAGCGACAUACUUGCGGGAAUGGACGCCGCUAUCGAGGACGGUGUUGACGUACUUUCCCUUUCUCUAGGAGGGGGUUCGACUCCUUUCUACGAAGACAGCAUUUCCAUAGGGGCAUUUAGCGCCAUGCAGAGGGGCAUUUUCGUCAGUUGCUCGGCUGGAAACGGCGGCCCAUACAAUUCCUCACUGUCGAACGAGGCGCCAUGGAUUCUCACGGUCGGUGCUAGCCCUAUCGACAGGAAGAUAAAGGCAACCGCGUUGCUGGGGAAUGGAGAGGCUUAUGACGGUGAAUCGCUUUACCAGCAGAAAGGUAAUUAUCCCGAAUUGCGGCCACUAGUGUACGGCGGCAAUGAAACUGUCCUUGCGUGGUGCGGGCCCGGAUCGUUGGACGACAUGGACAUGAAGGGCAAAGUAGUCUUAUGUGAGAUAGGUGGAGGAAUAGCCCCAGUCGGAAAAGGGCAAACCGUGAAAGAUGCCGAUGGUGCCGCCAUGAUCCUGAUGAAUGAAGAGGCCCGCGCCUACUUCACGGUACCUCUACCGCAUGUACUUCCUGCGACGCUUGUUAGUUAUUACGCGGGACAAAAUAUCAAAGACUACAUAAACUCCUCGACGGCGCCUACCGCAUCGAUCUUGCUCGGUGGGACGGUAAUAGGAGAUAAGACUGCUCCGCUAGUUGCAUCGUUCUCUUCCAGAGGUCCCAAUUUGGCAAGUCCGGGUAUUUUGAAACCCGAUAUUAUCGGCCCUGGCGCCGCCAUACUCGCAGCUUGGCCUGUAUCUAUCGACAACUACACUCACGAGAAGGCGACUUUCGACGUGAUUUCGGGCACCUCAAUGUCGUGCCCGCAUCUCAGUGGGGUUGCAGCAUUGAUCAAGAGCGCGCAUCCUGAUUGGUCCCCUGCGAUGAUCAAGUCAGCCAUAAUGACCUCCGGCACUCAGAUAAACCUCGGAAACAAUCCAAUCCUCGACGAACGGUAUUUGUCCGCCGACAUCUUUGCCGUUGGGGCGGGGCAUGUGAGCCCUUCUAUGGCGUUGGAUCCAGGGCUCGUGUACGAUAUCACGGCCGAUAAUUACGUUUCGUACUUGUGUUUUCUCUACACGGAGCAACAAGUAGCGGCUAUUGUGAACCGUAAGAUCAACUGCAGUGGAUCGGAAUAUACCCGUGUUCCGGAAGCACAGCUGAAUUAUCCCUCGUUUUCUGUUGUUCUUGGAUAUACUGGCUACGUGUAUUCACGGACAGUGACGAAUGUUGGGGAGGCGAAAUCGACUUACUACGCGAAGAUAGAAAGCGUUCCAGGGGUGAACGUAACUGUCGAGCCUACGGUACUUAGCUUCACCGAGGUGAAGCAGAAGCUGACAUACAAGGUUUACUUCAACAGACAAGAGUUUACUACAAAUGGUUCGUAUGUUCAAGGAUCAAUUUCCUGGAUUUCGACGAAGCAUACCGUUAGAAUCCCGGUUUCCGUGAAAUUGGCUCUGUGAAUUAUAUGAUAUCACUGCCGGAAUACAUGAUGAUCGACU